GAUUGUUUUUGAGUGUGAUCAACACGCAAUACACAAAAGAUAUCUUUAAGUAUCCACUUACAUUUUUUUAUUAAUAAAUGAGUGAAUGGAUGUUUUAAAAAUCAUUUAGUAAAUUCGUGAAUAUGAUACUAAAAUACGUAUUAGCCAUUGCAAUAGCAAUAAAUUUAGCUGCUGCCAAAUAUACUUAUAGGUUAGGAGAUACAACAGAAAUACAUUUUACUCCAACUAGCAAUGGAAUAGAAAUAUACGUCAUAGACGAUGAUCAAGGAAGCCAACUCUCCGGUACAGUUGGUGUUGGUAAGAAUGCCAGUUGUAAUGAUUUUCCCCGAUGCAAAGUAGGAGAUGUUGAUGUCACUUUUAGAUUUCUGCCUGGCACUGCAAUGUCAGUCAUAUCGACCACCAACAACACGCAAGAGGUACUUAAAGACUGUUACUCCACAGCUUUUCCAGGUCCCUACAUACAAUGGUAUGGGGGGCCACAGAGGCGUGUCCAAACGUGGCCGUUACAGAACAUGAUCAUUUCUCAAUCACAGCCUUAUAUCAGCAGAAAGGACGACAAUCACGCCGUAGCUGAGAGAUACUGGUUAAACUCAAGGGGUAUUUAUAUUUAUUUAAGUGAAGAGAAUCCUUUGUUUGUGAGUCAAAAUGAGGACGAUUCCAAAGAUCAAGUGUGUUUUAUAUCAAAGGUUCAAUCGCCCUAUAUCAAUAGGGAUCAGAACAUUCUGGAAUAUGUAAUAUAUUAUGGUAAUGAUCCCAAAACAUCUCAUUUACAUGCCGUAAAUAAUUAUUUAGGAAAACCAAAUGGUCAUCCAAAUCCAAAAAUGAUCAAGGAACCAAUCUGGACGACUUGGGCUAAAUAUAAAGCUCCAAUAACAGAUGAUAUAGUGAUCGAGUUUGCAAAAAGCAUUAGGCAAAAUGGGUUUGAAAAUGGACAGCUCGAGAUUGAUGAUGCAUGGGAGAAAUGUUACGGUGCCCAAGAAUUUUCAGAUGAGAAAUUUGCCAAAAUUUCUGAUACUGUUAAACAACUAAAAGAUAUGGACUUCAGAGUGACAUUAUGGGUUCAUCCAUUCGUUAAUGAAGACUGCAAGUAUCGAUCUGAUGAGGGCGUCAAAGGCGAUUUCUUCGUUAAAGGAGCUGACGGUCUAAAUAAUGCAACUUGGUGGAAUGGAAAUGGAAAUGGCCACCAAAUUGAUUUUACAAAUCCAAAAGCUGCCGAAUGGUACACAGCCAGACUAAAAAAAUUACAAGCCAAUCCUGGAAUUGACAGCUUUAAAUUUGAUGCAGGUGAAGCAGACUAUGCUGAACAGCCUGCUGUUUUUCCGUAUGUAUCAAAAGCCGAACAAAAUCUGGUGCCAAAUAUACUCACCACCGAAUACAUAAAAACUUGUGCUAGUUUUGGAGAUUUGAUUGAGGUUAGGUCUUCAUAUAGAAAUCAAAAUUCAUCUAAUUUUGUACGAAUGUUAGACAAGGAUAGUAGAUGGGAUAUGCAAAAUGGUUUGCCAACGUUGGUUACUACUUUGUUCCAGUUAAACUUAAAUGGUUAUCCAAUGGUACUACCUGAUAUGAUAGGAGGCAAUGGAUACGGAAACCUACCAACUGCUGAAUUAAUUGUAAGAUGGACUCAGGCAAAUACGUUUAUGCCAGCAAUGCAGUUUAGUUAUUUACCAUGGGAGUUUAAUUCAGAUGAGUUCAACACGACACAAAUCGUGCAAAAAUAUAUAAGCAUUCAUGAACAAUACUCCGAUGUUAUAAUCAAAGCAAUGGAAAAGAGCGUCAGCGACGGUAGUCCUGUAAAUCCUCCAAUAUGGUGGAUAGAUCCAACUGAUCCUACAGCUUUGGCAUGUAAUGAUGAAUACUUGGUAGGAGAAGAUAUAUUGGUGGCUCCAGUUUUGGAGGAGAAGAGUAGAUCUAGAAACGUUUACCUGCCACGUGGCAGAUGGCGUGAUGGUCAGAAUGGAACGGUGUACGAAGGUCCUUUAUCAUUCUACUACCCAGCUGAUAUUGACAUUUUACCUUAUUUUAUUAAAGAAGAUUCUUAAAUAGUAGUUAUUUGAAAUUGUUAUAUUUUUGU